GCACCACUCGUUUACACACUCCUCUUACCAUUUUUGAGAGGGUGCGCAUGUUAAGAAAGAAAACAUACACCCUACCGUCUCUCUAACGCCUUUUCUCUCUGCACUUGAACAGACCUUUUGCACACCUUCUCUUUCCUUCUCUUUCUAUCUUCUAAUAAAAAAGAGGGAGAGGGAAAGAGAGAUGUCAGGAUUAUAUAAUCACAACUUCUCACCAGCAAGAGCGGUUUCUCCCCAGAUUAGAAACGCACCAGACAUGGACAGUCAGUACCUGACAGAGCUGUUGGCAGAACACCAGAAAAUCGGCCCCUUCAUGCAAGUUCUUCCAAUAUGCAGCCGUCUGUUAAAUCAAGAGAUUAUGCGGAUCUCGGGCACAGUCUCAAACCAGGGAUUUGGAGAUUAUGACAGGCUGCGUCAUAGAAGCCCCAGCCCCAUGGCUUCUGGAAACCUUGGCUCGAAUCCCGGGGGAAUGGGUUUAGGUGGAUGGAAUGGUCUCCCACAGGAGCAGAGGUUAGGUGUGCCACAGGGAAUGACAAUGGAUUGGCAAGGAGCACCAGCAAGCCCAAGUUCAUAUAUUGUCAAGAAGAUCUUACGCUUGGAAAUUCCAGUAGAUAGUUAUCCUCAUUUCAAUUUUGUUGGUCGGCUAUUGGGUCCAAGGGGCAAUUCACUGAAACGGGUGGAAGCUUCUACAGGCUGCCGUGUGUACAUUAGAGGAAAAGGUUCAAUAAAAGAUCCAGGCAAGGAGGAGAAACUAAGGGGAAGACCAGGCUAUGAGCAUUUGAGCGAUCCGCUGCACAUCUUGGUUGAGGCUGAGUUGCCUGUCAACGUUGUUGAUGCAAGGCUGAGACAGGCACAGGAAAUUAUAGAAGAACUGCUUAAACCAGUGGAUGAAUCACAGGACUACUACAAGAGGCAACAGCUACGGGAGCUGGCUCUUCUAAAUUCCAAUUUUAGAGAGGAGAGCCCUCGGCCAAGUGGUAGCGUUUCCCCCUUCAAUACAAGUGGAAUGAAGCGUGCGAAAACUGGGCGGUAGGGAGUUGUAUUCUUCUCCAAUGCUUUUUAUUUUUUCUUUUCCCGGUUCCCUUUUGGCCCAGAUUGACAGCCUGCUUCAGCUCAUUGAGCUUCUACUACAGGCGGAGGAGGGGCUAUCAGAACUGGCUGCUGGUGAGUUUGCGUUACGGGUGGAUUUUUUUUCUUUCAACAAAAAGGGGGGGAAAAAAAACAGAGAGAAUGCCUUUUCAAUAUCUGCUGUAGUUUUUAAUUUUAUUUUUUAUAUGCUGUAUUUUGAGUUUUGGUGAUGUUUGUUAUGCUUGUUGUAUACUAAUAAAUUAGAAUAUCUAAUUGGAUUUAUUACUGUUGCCGUUA